AUGCCAAAACCAAUCAACGUAAGAGUAACUACAAUGGAUGCUGAGCUGGAAUUUGCCAUUCAGCCCAAUACAACUGGCAAACAACUUUUUGACCAGGUGACACAGCAAGAUGUUAAAAAAGAGAAUCCUUUACAGUUCAAGUUUAGAGCUAAAUUCUUUCCUGAAGAUGUUUCUGAGGAAUUAAUUCAAGAAAUAACCCAGAGACUCUUCUUCUUGCAAGUUAAAGAAGCCAUCUUAAAUGAUGAGAUAUAUUGCCCACCAGAAACUGCAGUUCUUUUGGCUUCCUAUGCUGUCCAAGCCAAGUAUGGAGAUUAUAAUAAAGAGAUUCAUAAGCCAGGCUACCUGGCUAAUGAUAGACUCCUACCCCAGCGUGUAUUGGAACAACACAAACUAACAAAAGAACAGUGGGAAGAAAGAAUACAGAACUGGCAUGAAGAACAUAGAGGAAUGUUAAGGGAGGAUUCUAUGAUGGAAUACCUGAAGAUUGCACAAGAUCUAGAAAUGUAUGGAGUCAACUAUUUUGAAAUAAAAAAUAAAAAGGGAACUGAAUUGUGGCUAGGUGUUGAUGCCUUGGGUCUGAAUAUUUAUGAGCAUGAUGACAAGUUAACACCUAAAAUUGGUUUUCCCUGGAGUGAAAUCAGAAAUAUUUCAUUUAAUGACAAAAAAUUUGUUAUAAAGCCAAUCGACAAAAAGGCACCCGAUUUUGUUUUUUAUGCACCUCGUCUGAGAAUCAAUAAGCGGAUUUUGGCCUUAUGUAUGGGAAACCAUGAACUAUACAUGCGAAGAAGGAAGCCUGAUACUAUUGAAGUUCAACAGAUGAAGGCUCAGGCUAGGGAGGAGAAACAUCAGAAGCAGUUGGAAAGGGCACAAUUAGAGAAUGAAAAGAAGAAAAGAGAAAUAGCAGAAAAGGAAAAGGAAAGAAUAGAACGUGAAAAGGAAGAGCUAAUGGAACGUCUGAAGCAAAUUGAAGAACAGACAAUUAAAGCCCAGAAAGAACUAGAAGAACAGACUCGAAAAGCUCUAGAACUGGAUCAAGAACGAAAACGAGCAAAAGAAGAAGCAGAACGGCUUGAAAAAGAGCGUCGAGCUGCUGAAGAGGCGAAGUCUGCCAUAGCAAAACAAGCUGCCGACCAGAUGAAGAAUCAGGAGCAGCUAGCAGCAGAACUUGCUGAAUUCACUGCCAAGAUUGCACUUCUAGAAGAAGCCAAGAAGAAAAAGGAAGAGGAAGCUACUGAAUGGCAACACAAAGCUUUUGCAGCCCAGGAAGACUUGGAAAAGACCAAAGAAGAGUUGAAAACUGUGAUGUCUGCCCCCCCUCCACCUCCACCACCACCAGUCAUUCCUCCAACAGAAAACGAACAUGAUGAACAUGAUGAGAAUAAUGCUGAGGCUAGUGCUGAAUUAUCAAAUGAAGGGGUAAUGAACCAUAGAAGCGAGGAAGAACGUGUAACAGAAACACAGAAAAAUGAGCGUGUUAAGAAGCAACUUCAGGCAUUAAGUUCAGAAUUAGCCCAAGCCAGAGAUGAAACCAAGAAAACACAAAAUGAUGUUCUUCAUGCUGAGAAUGUUAAAGCAGGCCGUGAUAAGUACAAGACUCUGCGACAGAUUCGACAAGGCAAUACAAAGCAGCGUAUCGAUGAGUUUGAAGCAAUGUGAGAGCUGUUAUUUUGCAUAUAUGUUCUUCAUAAGCUGAACCACCAACAGAGAAAAGCAGGCCUUUGCAGAUAUGAUGGAAUGCAUCCCACCUUGCCAAAGCACUUACACCGGUUUGACUGUGCUAGCUAAAAGACAGAUUUAAGGGGAGCUCUUCAGCAUUAAGGCAGUAUGAUAUCAUGCUUGGUUUUCUUUUUCUUUUGGUCCAGGGAAUGGAGAAUGGUGUUCCAUUGCCUCCUUUCACAUUUUUUUUCUUUUUUUUUUCUGUUGAAGAUUAACACUAAUUAUCAUGUCUGACAAAUGUGUAUGUGUGGUUUCAGUUCUGUGUACAUUUUAAAGGAUAAUGUUGAUGAACAUUUUAUGGGUUUCCCUUGUCCCUUCCAUAUUUAACCUGUGUGUAUUUCCACAUUCUCUCUCACAUUUUCUCAGUGUGCCCGUCUCUUAUCUGCCAUGUCCAUAGCCAUAAUCCCACCAUCAUACAGAUCAGGCAGUGUUUAAAAUGAUGGUAGGUAGCACAGUGGACAGUCUUUGAUCAUUAUGUAGAAUAAGGCUAUGAAUCAUGAAAGAGAUUAGAACAUUUAAUAAUGUAUGUACAGCUGGUGGUUAGUUUUUUAAAAUCCAAAUUUAAUUGCCUUAUUGGAUAUUUGAUAUUUGGUUAUUUAAUCACAGUCAUCUUUAACAGCUUACAUUGAUUGGUGUUUUAUCUCCUCUAAUCCUUUGAUGGCUUUUUCUGCCUACCAUUUCACAGAGGUUUAGACAGCAGUAGUAGCUCCCUAGGAGAGUUUACUGAUGAAACAGCCUCUGCAAGAUUUUAAAAGUUUUGUUCUUUUAUAGACUGAUUUAGAAAAACAGACGAUUGGUAAAAAAAGAAAAUAUACAUUUGUCAGUAACUGAUUUUAAUUAUUUUUUAAAACCUGGACCUUUCUGGAAGGGCAGCAUAUAAAAACAUCAGUCCCGAGGAGGGGACAACAGUACUACCUCACUGCUACACCUGCGAUGACUGGUUGUUCAAACACAAUGGGGUGUGUAAGCUAUAUGUUUUAUAAUUCAUGAUGACAGCCUUGAUCAUCAAGAAAUACUUUUGAAAUUUCAUUUUCCCUCAGAAUAUCUUAGAGUGCUAAAUUUUUAACUGCCUUUUUGUUAAGUCAAACUGUGGGAUUCUGAUUUAUAUUAAAAUUGUAAGCUCCUCACUGGUAUACUAUCAUCCUGGAGGGCUGUGGUAUGGCUGAGUAAGAGAGAGGGGGAAUGAGACAGAGAGAGAGACUCCGUGUGUGUGUGUGUGUGUGUGUGUGUGUGUGUACGUACUCUUGUGUGUAUGAGAGAGAGAUGCUAGCCUUGUAACAUGAAGAAUGUCUGUACCUUGAUAUGAUAGUUACAUAAUCAUUAUAUUUGGCUUCUAGAUCACUGUGCUUAUUUUUUUUCAAUCUCCGACUAAAAAUACUUAAAUUUUGUUUGUUAAUUCUAUUUUAGAAAUUAUAAUUUUAGUUUAUAUUAAUUUCAGUUAUAUCUUACUGAAGAAAUCUUUCCAGUCAGAAGGAGGUUCUAAUAUUCACAUGUUCUAAUACUUUGUUUAUUGUAAAACAGCUAAAUUUGGAGAUACGUAAAGCCUUGUUUUCUCUGUGUGGUUCAGCUGCUUUCCAUUGGGUAUUACACAGUCAAAUUUACAUUUAUUAAAAUUGCCAUUUUAUUAAACAUUUUCAUGCACAGUAGAUUCAAGUUGUGUCUGAAAAUAUCUCUUGUGUUUUUUUGAUUUUGCUGACUUUAAAAGGAUUAAUCUGGGCAGACAUUAUGAAAAAGAAAGGUUGCGUUUAAUAUAUUUUUUGAACUUUGUAGGACAAAACAUAGCUGGUUAACCUUGAAGUGACUGUUGUACCAUGGUUGUGCACGUGCUUCAGAAUCCUAUGGAAGACAAUGUUCCUACUUGCAGUACAUCAAAGGAAUGGAUGGUGGACCCUACUAUUCAUGUUUUGAAACAUAAAUGUUCACUUUAAAGCAAUUGCCAUAAUAGAUAAAAACCUGAACUUUCAUUGGAUUUUUGUUAAUUUUCCUCAUUUUGAAUUAUGUGCACUACCAUAGCUACAUCAGUUUGAUACAGUAUUGAAAAAUUAUCAGUUAUAUUUUGCUGUUUAUGAUCUAUUUGUAGAUUAGGAUUAAAAUGGAUUUAAUCCAUUUUUAAGGCUGUGUGAAUUUUUCUAAACAAGAACCAUUUGCAAUAUGGAUUUCAUAGAGAUUAAACCAAUUAUAGCUUAUCAUUAGCAGUCGCGAGCACAUGUUCAUAUAGUCAAUGUAAAAAUACACUAAUGAGUAUUUGGUAAAUCCCAGUAGGCUUUUACCAUUAGCAUAAUUUUGUGUUGUACAAUUAAGUUACAUUUACAUCUCUAAUUUUGGAUAAUAUUCAUUGGUUAACAAUAAAGUGACAAAAGCUCA